AUCUUGUAAAUUGCACUAAAUCUAUCCAUUCGCUAACUACGGAUCAAAUCCCUGAAAUAAAGAAAAAGAAAUUUUUUUUUUUUUUUUUUGCUUUCCAUUUUUGAUUUUAAUACAGAAGUUUACAUCGUUGUCUGAAUCAAUUUUUAAUAUAGUAUAUACCCCUUCAGAAUCAAGUUGUAAACUAGUACUUUCGUUUGGCAUCAUUUAUAGUCUAUAAUAUUCAUAUUCAUAUUCAUAGCAUAGAAGUACAUUAAAUCAAAUCAUAUAUCAUAUCAUAUCACCCAACCCGUGCCUUUUACUAUAGAGCAUAUUUUAAUAGAUACCCCACCACACAUAUCCACUUCAUAAUGUUGAUAAUACAGAAAUCAAGCUGGUUCUUGUUUCUCCUUCUAUCUUUCAUCAUCAAUCCUAUAUUUGCUGAUAGAACUCUUUCUGCAACCUCCUUGGUAACAUGUAUGCAAAAUUCUCAAAUUUCUCCAUCAUAUUUUAAUGUUACUUUUAAUCCAGAUGAUAAAUCUUUAAGAUAUUCUCUUGAUUUAACUACUGAAAUCUCAACUUAUGUCAUAGCUCAUGUUCAAGUUUAUGCUUAUGGCUUUGUAAUCAUUGAAGAAGAUAUCGAUUUAUGUACCUUAGGUUGGAAACAAUUUUGUCCUGUUUAUCCUGGGGCUUUACAAGUUGAAUCGAUUGAAUAUAUUAGUGAAUCUUAUGUUAAAGAUAUUCCUGGUAUUGCUUAUUUAGUCCCUGAUAUCGAUGCUGUGGUUAAAGUCAUUGUUAAAGAUGCAUCAACCGGGGUUCAAUUAUCUUGUUUACAAGCAAGUUUCACUAAUGGUAAAACUAUCAAUCAAACUGGAGCAAAAUGGGCUACUGCCAUUAUUGCUGGUUUAGGAUUGUUAAUCGCAGCUAUCUUAUCAACUUUUGGUAAUUCAAAUGCUGCGUCUCAUAUUUCAGCAAAUGCUGUAUCUCUUUUCCUUUAUUUCCAAAGUGUAGUAGUGGUUUCAAUGCAACACGUUGAAAGAGUUCCACCUAUUGCAAGUUCUUGGGCUGAAAAUUUAGCUUGGUCAAUGGGUUUAAUCAAAGUCGAAUUCAUGCAAGAUAUCUUUAGAUGGUAUGUUCAAGCUACUGGUGGUACCCCAACUACUUAUUUCAAAGGUACUACCAAACAAAUCUUAGUUCAAAGAGCUCUUGAUUUCUUUGAUAAUCUUCAUGAAUAUGCUAAAAGAUCUCUUGAUUUUGGUUUACAAGGUAAUAGUAAUUUAAUUGUGUUAAGAGGUAUUGAAAGAAUUGGUUAUGAUUCAAAUAUUGAAGUCACUUCUAUUGUCGUAACUGGUUUCACAUUUUUCAUUUUAAUGGGUUAUCUUUUAAUUUUCAUUUUAGUCAUUAUAAAAUCAAUCUUGGAUUUAUUAUAUAGAUCAGGAAAAUUAAAAAAUAGAACUUUUUCUCAUUUUAGAUUAAAUUUCCUGCAAAUCUUAAAAGGUUCAUUAUUAAGAUACAUUUAUAUUGGUUUUACUCAAUUGAUUAUCCUUUCAUUAUGGGAAUUCAUGCAACAAGAUUCUCCAGCUGUGAUUGUUUUAGCAGUUUUAUUCCUUAUCUUGCCAUUAGGUGUAUUGUCAUAUUCUUAUUAUAAGACUUUAACCUUUGGAAGAAGAUCAAUUCAAAAACAUAAAAAUCCAGCUGCUAUCUUAUAUGGGGAUGGUAAAUUUUUAAAUAAAUAUGGUUAUUGUUAUACCAUGUUUCAUGCCAACAAAUAUUGGUUCGGUGUGGUGCUUUUAUCUUAUAAUUUAGUCAAAGGUAUUUUCAUUGGAUUAUGUCAAGGUUCAGGUAAAGUAUCAUCCAUGGUUUUAUUCAUUGUUGAUCUUGCUUAUACCAUUUAUUUAAUUUAUGAAAGUCCUUAUUUAAAUAAGCCAACCAAUAUCUUGAAUUAUUUAAUUUCCAUCGUUACCACUGCUAAUUCAUUCCUUUUCCUUUUCUUUUCCGAUUUAUUUGGUCAACCGGCUCCAGUAGCUUCUAUUAUGGGAUGGGUAUUUUUCAUUUUAAAUGCUGGAUUUUCAUUAAUUCUUUUAGUAUUCAUCAUUGUCUUGAUUGUUAUGAGUGUUAUUUCAAAGAAUCCAGAUGCAAGAUUUGCUCCUGCUAAAGAUGAUAGAUCAUCAUUCCAAAGAAAAUCAUCUGUUAAACAACGUGAUGAUUUACAAUCAGAUACUGGAAAUGGUAAUGGUGAACUUGCCGCUUUAGGUUUGGCUGCUCAAGAUCACGCUACCGAUUGGGAAGCUCAAAUGUAUAAAUUAAAUGAUCUUUCAGGUGUAGAUGAUACUACUAGUGGUAAUGAAAUCUUAACUCCUUCAUUAGAAAAUGAAGAUAAAUUUAAUAAUGAAAAAGGUUUGAAUGAUGAUAAUCAAAAUGGUGUUGCUGGUGGUUUCUCAAGAUUGAAAAAUAUGGUGGCUAGAAAAUUAUCUACAAGAAGACCAAAUGAAAAUUCAAACACUAAUAAAGACACAACUUUAGUAAGUAGUUCAUCAGAUUCAAGUAAUACAAAGGGUAAUAUCAGAAUGAGUGAUACAUUAAUCAAUACAAAUGAUGAAGAUUAUGAUGAUGAUUAUGAUAAUUUUGAUGAAGAUGUCACUCAUACUGCUCCACGUAUGACUCAACAUAAUAGAAAUGAAUCAAAUAUUUCAAACUAUUCAGCCCCUACAAACACUAAAGAUUUAAUUUAA